AGGCCAUUCCAUUUUUUGCAAAAUACGUCUAGUUGUAAACCUACGUAAUUGUAUUGUUUAAUUUCUGCAGUGCAUUGUGUAGUGGCAUAAAAGGUGUUUAGUUUCAUGAUUUUGACGUUUGUAUAAAAUAUAAUUGUAGUUCUGGCGUGGUGAUUGAAAUUUUCUUAAGUAGAUAUUUCGCUUUGCAUUACUGAUGUAGAAAGUCAGCAAAAUGCUUGGCCAGUUUAAUAACGUUGGUGUUCGCAAUUGCAAUGGAACUAAACUGCGGUAUGAUCAAGCUUGUUUAGAAAUAAUUACUGAUGGCCCAGUUACUUUUUGGAGCCAGUAUGAGGAGUGUGAAGAUUGCAUGUUGUUGGAGACUGCCAACUUGAAGAAGUCAGGUCCUGUAGUCCUAGAAACGAUCAGUCCCAUACGAUACGCUAUUCAGAGCGAAGAUAAUGAAAUUUGCAAUGGUACCUAUGAAUUUGAAGAGUUUGGUCAGUAUAGCAUCAACGUUGCAAAUGAUAGUCAUAACUGCCAGCCCCGGAUGACAGCAGAGCCUGAUGCAGCUUACCUCCCAAUACUUACAGCGGUAGUUGUGUUAUUGUCUUUGGCCACACUGUGGUAUAUUGUUAAAGGAAUUCUAAAGAUAAUCAUCGCUGGACGCUUCUACUCCAGAUACUUUGCAAGAGAGGAUAAUGAACUCGGCUCCGAAACACGCGUGAUAGUUACAAGUGAACCUAGGUCCCCUACGAGAUCUAGACUGCGUUCGCUAGACAUCUUUAGAGGAUUCUCCAUUGCGCUUAUGAUAUUCGUGAAUGCCGGAGGCGGUGGCUAUAGUAUAUUCACUCACGCCGCCUGGAACGGAUUGACAGUUGCUGAUGUGGUGUUCCCAUGGUUCGCCUUCGCUAUGGGCGAGUCUUUGGUAUUGUCACUUAACGCCCGGCUGAGGACCUCUUUGCCGAGAAUCGCGGCUCUUAAACAGGUGGCCCAAAGAUCCCUAUUAAUGUCCAUAGUAGGCAUCUGCCUAAGUUCAGUGAAUGCGUCAUGGUAUGAUGUCCGCUGGCCUGGAGUGUUGCAGCGCUUGGCUGCUAUGUACCUCAUUGUUGGUGCUCUCGAGUGUGCCUUUAUGAGGACCAGUCAGAAUAUUACGCCAGGUCGAUCCCUGUUCCGUGAUGUCGCGGCGGGCUGGCAACAAUGGCUGGCCACAGCUCUUUUGGUCGCUAUUCAGGUGUGUAUAACAUUAACUGUGUCGGCGCCUGGUUGUCCCCGGGGGUAUGUGGGACCCGGAGGUCUUCACCGCACUGCAUUAGGUGAUUUCUCGCUGGUCAACUGCACUGGUGGUAUCGCAGGAUAUAUUGACAGAUUAAUCCUCGGCUCUUCCCACUUGUACAAGGGUGGUAGCUUCCGCAAGAUCUACAUGCCCCUACAGCCCCACGAUCCCGAGGGAUUGUUGGGAAUUCUCUCGGGCGUGCUGGUCGUACAGGCGGGCGCGCACGCAACGAGAAUUAUGCUUGUCUAUAACCACGCCAGGGCAAGGAUAAUGCGAUGGGUUUUCUGGUCGAUUGUAUUCAGCGUAGUUGGUGGCGCCCUCUGUGAAUUUUCCAAAAAUGGCGGACCAAUCCCAAUCAACAAGAACCUUUGGUCCGUGUCUUAUUGCUUGGUGACAGCUGGGAUGGCGUUCUUUAUACAGGCCGUGUUAUAUUUCUUGGUGGAUUUGAAGACAAAGUGGGGUGGUCGCCCCUUGUACUACGCAGGACAAAACGCCCUCUUCCUGUAUAUCGGUAGUGAGCUUCUAAAACGUCAUUUUCCGUUAUACUGGCAUGUGCCAGCCCCAACACACAGCCAAUUACUGGCAACACACGCGACCGCCAUGUUGAUUUGGCUGGCCGUCGGUGUUGCCCUACAUAGAAAGCGGAUCUUUAUAACGCUCUAAUAUUUGUUGCUAACGCAUCAGCAUAGAGAAUGGACAGCGUCAAUUGGAACGUGAAAUAUGAAACGCAGACUUGAAAAAUUGAUUUGACUUUAGAACGCUCGUUUUAUACACUGAAGGGGACUAUUUGGACUAGAGUUAGACAUAAAGGGGCAUAUUUUAGAAAGUGUGAUGUACCAUCGUAGUUUGUAUAGGCCUACACCUGUCUUUCUGGAUAAAAAAUCUAAUUAGCUGGGACCCAGUUAAAGGAUAAUUUUCAGAUGUGACCAGCUAUUGUUAUACAAAUUUAAGUGACAUGGUUCGGCUUGGUCACGUUACCAUUUCAUCAUAAAUUCGAGGAUAGCAACUCAUCUAUUUCAAUUUACUUAGGUCCCUUGAUCUUUUUUCGAAAUUAUAUUACCUAAUUCAUUCUCUAUGUGCAACGGCUUCUGUGUAAAAUUUUCGAGUUUUGGUCAAUUCUUCGGUAAAUUGCAUUUUCUUAGUGCACACAGAAUACAUAGAAGUAGUAUUUGGGUAAUUUAGUAGCUAUAGACAUAACUUGACUAUAAGAUACGAUUCAAAGACAAUUUUUUCGUGCAUACCAAAUGACGCUCGCUCUGAAUGACAUCUGUCAAAUGGUCAUAUUUUGGAUUUUGACUUGAAAAAUAAGUUCGCGCUAAAACUUGUAUCUGAAUCGUACCUUUAAAUUUGACCAUUCUUAACAUGAUAUUUUAAAAGUAUUUCUCUAAAUUCUAGGAAUGUAAGAUCUGCUAUAAAUUUAAAGACUGUAUUAUUUUCAAGAAUUGGCUGUUGGUACGUUAAGUUUUGCUAAUUGAUAAAUAAGUGCCUAAAAGUCUUGUAAUGCAUAUAUAGCCAACAUAUUUUUUUAUCCUUGCAUGUUGCCUACUUUAAACUAACGCAGUACAAACGUAAUUAAAACAAAUGAGUCAUGAAAUUGGUUACUGUGGUAAAUAUAAUUUGUAUUUUUUAACAUAUCAUUGAAAAUACACCAAUGAAAAUUAUGUAAACAUAUUUUUUUUAUUAGAUAAUUUAAUAAAAAAAUAUUAUUUUAGUUUUUACUUAAAUCUGUAAUAAGCUUGCACAUUAUUCAUCUUUAUUUGAUUUAGAUAAAUGGUUUUAAUUUAGUAUUAGAAUUAAUUCAAUUAUUAUGUUCACAUAUAACAUAUUAUAACCAAUGAUGUAAACAGAUAGUUG